CGCAGAGGCUGGAAGUUCGCAGUGCGCCUGUGCCGCGUCAGGGCGCACAGACGCUGUCGCUGGGCGCCGGUGACCGCGUGGGAACAUGGCGGAAUCCGGGUUGAAGUCAGUGCUGUUCGUGUGUCUGGGUAACAUUUGCCGGUCACCCAUUGCAGAAGCAGUUUUCAGAAAACUUGUAACUGAUCAAAACAUUUCCGAUAACUGGGCCAUUGACAGCGGUGCUGUUUCCGACUGGAACGUGGGCCGGGCCCCGGACCCAAGAGCUGUGAGCUGCCUAAGAAAUCAUGGCAUUAGUACAGCCCAUAAGGCAAGACAGGUCACCAAAGAGGACUUCGCAAAAUUUGACUACAUACUGUGUAUGGACGAAAGCAAUCUGAGAGAUUUGAAUAGAAAAAGCAAUCAAGUUAAGAAUUGCAAAGCUAAAAUUGAACUGCUUGGAAGCUAUGAUCCACAGAAACAGCUCAUCAUAGAAGACCCCUAUUAUGGGAAUGAGUCUGACUUCGAGCUGGUGUACCAGCAGUGUGUCCGGUGUUGCAAAGCCUUCCUGGAGAAGGCCUGCUAGGGCUGGCCAGGACCCUCCACUGGCCCACACUUGCCCCAGCCAGCUCUGCCCUUUUACUCCUGUGCUCAAGCCCCAGGCCCCACCUGUUUCUCCAGAUGACUUAACGUUUCUUCUCUUACAAAUAAUUGUAGGUACAAAUCUGCUCUACUUACAGAAGAAUAAACACACAUGCUUGAUUUGAUGUUUAUGGGGUACAGUAAGUGUUCUUAGACUAGUUGAAUGUCCCACUUUUGCCUCUUUGUAAAACAGUGAAACAAGCAAGUAUAGAACAGCCAAACAGAGCACAAUGGAGCAAGUAUGACCCAAAGGUCAUUCUUUGGAAUGACCGAUCAGCCUCUUAGCCCGGGAGGACCUGGAUAGUCUGUGCUACCUGGAGGGAAUGUGGACAGUGCCUUCAGCUCACCUGUGUACUCUCCACCUGUCCUCUACCAGUCACAGCAGCCCUUCACCGACAUAGCAGUGCUGUAGCUCAUGCACACUCACUGUACACAUUUGUAUGCAUGUGAUCAAAAAAUACAGUGAAUGUUUAAACUUCAUUAAAAGCUUUACAAGAAAAGACACAUUGCCACGAAUUCCCCUCCAAAUCCUCCCCUUUGCUUUGGACACACUUAUCCCACCAUCCUUGCCACUUUGAAGAGUACUUCUGGAAGUCGUCUUUCCUGAGUGUCUUUAGUUGAACUGUCCUGGCUGCCUUGCUGUCCUGAAUCGAUUGAAAACGUUUCUCUCUCAUGGCUAUUUUGACUUUGGGGUGAGCCAGAAGCCCCACAGUGAGGACACACACACUCGUAUUUUUGGGAGCUGCCUUUCCAUUGGAUUGCGCUUGACCUCAGCCUUCACUAUAGUUCUGAUCACACUUUGUAAAGGACUGCUUCAGAAGGGCAAGAACUUGGGGUAGGACUGUGAAGUUAUGGAGAGUAUUUUGCAGGGGAUUCAUGGAAAUGUGUCUUACUGUAAUAAUUUUUAAAAGUUAAGCAUUCACUGUAUAUUUUGAUCAUACCUGUAUUUAAGAUUGGAAAGAGAUUAGUGGAAUUGUUGGUUUAGUAGUUGUUGAUUUUGUCUAUCUUAUUUCAUGAGAAGGUCUGCUUAUUUGUUCCCACUUAAACUACUUUCCUCUAAAAAAUUUAAUCCCGUCCAACAAGAACAAUUGCAAGCAGUGUAUCUUCUGAGCACUUGAGGGUCUGUCUGUUGUAUAUGCACAUAUAAUCUAGAUGUCAAUACAGACUGCCUCAGAGUUAAAAAUAAGUUAGAAAGUUGGAAAAACUUAUGAUGAUUGCUUAAAUACUGAUAUGGUAAAGUUAUAGGCAAAUAUAAAUCAUUUCAUUUCAUUCUCACAUUCAUAUGGGUAUCAGAAAAGAUUGCUCUCAAGAUAAACUGAGAAGUUAUAAAGUACAACUGAGAUACAUCUAGCAUCUCCCUCCUUUUUUUUAUUGUGAAAUAAAGAAGCAUUUGAGAA